AUGUCCUUCAACGCCACCUUCGACUGGGUCGCCCGCGGCGGCCUCACCUUCACCCCCACGACCCAGGACCCCAACCUACACAUCCACUCCGGCGGCCCCAAUGACCCCGACACCACCACCCCCUCGGGGCCUCCCCACUACCGCAUCCAAACCAUAACGCCCAACCCCUCUUACCUCACGCCCGCCCUCUGGAUCGAGAGCAUGAUGAACAUCCUCUCCCAACCCUCCAAAUCACUCAUCCUUCUCGAAUCCCGCAACGGGCCCCAGGAACCAGGCUUCGCCGCGCCCGAGGACGUCCUGCGGUCUGCUAUAAAUGCACUAGAGCUCAAAGAAGAGCAGACAGAGAGAGUCAUUGGCAAAAACGGAUCACUUACCGAUUACUUCUUCUCUGAGUCUCAGUCAGCAUCAUCAGAUUCAAGCUUCGAGCUUGCGUUCCGCUGGACUUCCAUGCCUGGUUGUUAUGUCGUCUUCAUGGGGCGGUUUACCCCGAAAUUUGUGACACCAGGGGGGAAGGGGAAGGAGGCGAAUAGAAUGGUGGGGAUCGUUUCGCAUAGGGGGCUUUUCCCCAUUUCUGCUGGGGAAGGUGAGGAUGAGAAUGAGAAUGACAAGAAGGAGAAAAAGGAGAAGAAGAAGAAUGUGAUUAUGGAUUCGGACUUGGAGUCGGCGCUCGGUAAGCAUGCUGAAAAGCUUGGACAAAACCCAAUGAGUGUGUUCACUGUGCUUCUUCAGCUGUGUGAGAGCCAUUUGGAUGAGGAGAUACAUGAGCUUGGGGUAAGGAUUGAGGGAACGCCAAUGGAGGAUUUUGCACUGGUUGUGAAGGAGGUGGCGCCGGAGAUUUCCGUAUGA